AUGAAGAGAGAAAUGAGGGCAAGAUUUGUCCCCAAACAUUAUCGUCGUGAUCUUUUUGACAAGCUACAGAAUCUGAAGCAAGGAAGCCUUAGUGUUGAUGAGUAUUAUAAAGAAAUGGAGAAGGCAAUGAUUAGAGCCAAUGUAUAUGAAGAUGAAGAGCAAUCAAUUGCACGUUUUAUGUCAGGACUGCAUCGUAAUAUUCAGCGUAUUGUUGAACUUCAGCAAUACCGCAAUCUUAUUGAGUUGGUCCAUCAAGCAAGCAAAGCUGAACGACAAUUGCAGCAGGACAUGAAGCCCAAUAGAGGAGUAUCUUUCAGCUCGAGAAGUGCCCCAAGUGGAAGCAAAUUCACACCACGAGAGUUGGCUGCUCCAAAUGAGAGGAACAAAUCAGCAGACUCAUCAUCUACUUCAGUGGGUUCUUCCACCAAGAGUAGUGGGAUUCAAUGCUUCAAGUGUGGUGGUUGUGGUCAUGUUAUAAAGGAGUGUCCAAAUAAUCAGACCAUUAUUGUAAAUGACCAAGGAGAGUAUGAAUCUGCUAGUGAUAAAGAACUGAAAAGGUUGAAGAGGAAGCGGCACAAUCUUUUCCAAACCAGAGCCAAGGUUGAAGACAAGGUGUGUAAAGUAAUCAUUGAUGGUGGAAGCUGCCACAAUCUUGCUAGCAAGGAAAUGGUUGACAAGCUUGGUUUAAAGCUGCUGAAACAUCCUCAUCCUUAUCAUGUGCAAUGGUUAAAUAAUUCAGGUUCAAUUAAGAUUGCAUAUAGAGUGAAAAUUCCUUUCAAGAUUGGUGAAUACAUUGACAUUGUGGAGUGUGAUGUGGCACCCAUGACAGUGUGUCAUAUGCUGCUAGGAAGACCAUGGAAAUAUGAUCGGUCCUCUCUACAUUGUGGUCGGACCAAUCAAUACACCAUCAAGUGGAAGGGCAAGGAGUUGAUUCGUAAACCCAUGACACCGCAGCAAAUCCUCACUGAGCACUUACAAAAGAACUCCAAUGUGAGGAAUGAGAGUGGAAAAGAAGGAGAGAAAAAGAAUUCGAGUGCCCUCCACAAAUUGGUGAGUGAGAGCCACAAGCUAAACAUGAGAGAAAACAAGAAACAAGAGGGAGAGAAUUUAGUGAUGAUGACCACCAAAUCUGAAAUGAGAGAUGUGAGGAAAAACCCAGACCAAGUAUUGAUCAUACUUGUGUGCAAGGACACAUUGCUUUCAGCUAACGACUUAACAUCUGUCCCUAGUGUUGUUGCACGUGUGUUACAGGAAUAUGAAGAUGUUUUUCUAGAGGAGGCACCUGCUGGACUUCCUCCCUUGCGUGGCAUUGAACAUCAAAUUGAUCUCGUCCCUGGAGCUGCACUUCCAAACCGUCCAGCAUACCACACCAACCUUGAAGAAACAAAGGAAAUUCAAAGGCAAGUACAAGACUUUUAG